CCUUCCAACAUGUCUCUCAUGCCAAUGCAAGUAGAGAUCGGCGUGAGUUGCAGACAGCUUUACAAAUGUUUCCUCCUGGUGGGUCUCCUUCUUCUUCUGCCUCUGAUGUUGAUAAUUUAAACCACCCAACAGCAGCUGACAAAAUUGCUUUUCCAAAAGGUGUUAGCUCUCCCCAGGUCGCUGGAAAUCGUCCUAACUUUGUGCGGUUGCUCAAUUUUGCACAGGAUGUAAAUUAUGCCAUGGAAGCUUCAAGGAAAUCACGAGUUGCUUUUGCACAUGCUAAAUCAAGUUUGUCGAGGAAUGAAAAUGAGGAAGUUAUAUAUUCUGUGAAAAAGGCUCUUGAUUGGCCAUUAAAAAAAGAAAAACUAGUUGAUAAGCAUAACCUUAUAGUAGGAGGAAUUUUCCCUUUUGAUGGUUUAUCCUUGGUUAUGCUGUGGAAUGAAUUGUGCAGUUGCAUAAACAGGGAAGCUGCAUAA